CCUUUUUGGUUGAACCUGAGUUUUUUUAUUGCUAUAAUAUAAUCUUAUAAAGUAGAAUAUUAAAUAAUUUUUUUUGCAUUGGAGAAAGUGUGUUAAUAUACGUCCAAAUAUUGUCGUGAACAAAAGUAGUUAAAGCGACAACGACAAAAGUCAUGUCCAUGCAUAUGCAUAGUGUCGUAAAGUGCAGUACAAUAUAAAACAAAAUUUACAUGGGACUGUGAAAAGUAUAAUUUGAAUAAAUGGUUUAUAGUUAAACGAAUCUUAUAUCUGCAAGUUACAUAAUUGCCCCGUGCAUAAGAAUUUGCAACAUGGUAAAAACAAAGGCUUUUUUCUUGCUUAUUUGGAGUUGCAAUGCACUCGCAGCGGACAUCCUAAUGGCUACCCAAGGCGGAACCAAAUCACACAAGAUACCAUUCUGGGAGCUGGCUAAAGGGUUAAUAACCAGAGGCCACAACAUCACCUUUCUCAGUGGAUUUCCUGCUGAUUUCAAUAUUGAAGGUCUACAAGAGGUAACACCAGCUGGCCUAGUCGAAUAUAUUCACAACUACACCAAUUGGGAUCUAUUAGGCUCACGAAUGGCUGGAGAAAUGCCCAUUAAGCCGUGGGACGGACUACGAUAUGCCUUUGAAUCGUGCGACGCAAUGCUAAGUGACGCCGAGACUAAGGAACUAUCAAUCCGAAGCUUUGACUUGGCUAUAUUGGACGGAGCUUUUCCAGAGUGCUUUCUGGGAUUAAUAUACCAGUUUAAAAUUCCGUUUAUGUACAUAAACACAGUGGGCUUCUACACUGGCAGUAUCUCGACUGCGGGAAACCCUGUAAGCUACGCUAUAACCCCGAACUUUUAUUCUCGAUUUACGGACACAAUGAGCCUUUAUGAACGGGCAGUCAACACGGCCAUGCAGAUCGGGCAAAACAUGAUGCACAUGUAUGUUAUGCGCCGAACACAUCUUGUACUUCGAGAACAUUUGGGUGCCCACAUACCCCAUCCUUACGAAAUAGCGCGCAAUGUGAGCUUUAUUUUGCAAAACGGUCACGCAGUCCUAUCUUAUCCGAGAGCCUUUUAUCCAAAUGUGGCAGAGGUAGCUUGUAUUCACUGCAAGUCAGCUAAACAACUUCCUAGGAACCUCGAAGACUUUAUCGGCGGCUCUGGCGUGUCGGGGUUCAUUUAUGUUUCUAUGGGUUCUUCGGUUAAGGCAGCAAACAUGCCAGAGGCCCUGCGAAACAUGCUUGUUAAAACCUUUGCACGUCUGCCUUAUCACGUAUUGUGGAAGUAUGAAGGUAGUUCUGCUGACAUAAAAGACCUCACUUCCAACGUAAAGCUUUCCCGAUGGCUACCUCAGCAGGACAUUUUGGGACAUCCCAAACUACGAGCAUUUGUAACUCACGGAGGCUUGCUAAGCAUGUAUGAAACGGUUUUUCAUGGAGUUCCAGUCGUCACAAUGCCGGUGUUCUGCGAUCACGAUGUCAAUUCAGCUAAGGCCGAGAUCGACGGUUAUGCCGUUAAACUAGAUCUUCAGACUUUAUCGACCAAUCAACUAUACAAGGCAAUAAUGAAAGUGAUUCACGAUCCCCGCUUCAGAAGCGCAGCUCGCUACCGCCAAAAACUUUUUCUCGACCAGCGCUCUUCGCCCCUGGAAACCGCUAUAUACUGGACAGAAUAUGUGCUGCGUCAUAAGGGCGCUUAUCACCUACAGUCUCCCUCACGGAAUAUGACUUGGUGGCAAUACUAUAUUCUCGACGUAAUUGCCGUUUAUUUAAUAUUAGUUUGCGGCCUGGUUUUAGUACUUAAGCGCUUCGAGUUCCGGUCCGAGAAGCUACGUAGUCUUCACUUGCUGACGCCGGCCUCACAUUCAUUAGCAAAAACGAAGUCAAAGAAGCUGUAACUACAACGGCAGUCAAAUGUCUUUCCAUUGGGCUGUUACAACAUUAAAAAGGCUUAGUUAUUAUGUUGUCCAAUUAUUGUUUGAAGUUCUGUAAAUAAAAUUUAAUAUUAUAAUUAUAAAAAGUAAAUUAAAGCUAAAUACUUAAUGUA